AUGGCAGUCGCUGUUGAGAAACUUGUUAUCAAUCCGAAACUCAUUCAUGAGAUAAAACCAUGCACCUGGGAGAUUCCAAUUGGCUUUGUUCCAAAUAUGAGAGUUCCCGGAAUUUUCUAUGCAACUCCAGAAAUGGUUAAGUUCCAAUUCGAAGAGCUCGAGAGCUGGAUGCAGCAUCGUGAACGUGCUUUACCAUCAAUUAUGCAAAUCGCAUUUGUCGCCACACUUCCAGGCAUUUACAGAAACUCUUUCGGUAUGCCUGAUAUGCACUCUGGCUAUGGCUUUUCAAUUGGCGGCGUCGCAGCUUUCGAUCUUACAGAUCCAACAUCAAUUAUUUCCCCAGGUGGUGUCGGCUACGAUAUCAACUGCGGUGUUAGACUUUUAGCAACAUCUCUUACAUUUGAAGACGUCGAACCACGCAAGAAAGAAUUAAUCGACAAAUUCUACAGCUAUAUUCCUGUCGGCAUUGGUGGCAAGCGCCCAGAUAUCUGUAACCGCGCUGGAUUGAUGGAAGUUCUUGUUAAAGGUGCCAAAUGGGCUCUAGAGCACGGAUACGCCAUUCCAGAAGAUAUCGAAAAUUGCGAAGAGAACGGAUGUCUUGAAGGAGCAAGACCUGAUCUCCUCUCAGAGCGUGUCAUCUCUCGUGGCGUUUUCCAGCUCGGAACUGUCGGUUGUGGCAAUCAUUACGUUGAAUUACAACGUGUUGACAAAAUCCUCGAUGAAAAGGCUGCCAAAGCCAUGGGAUUAUUCGAGGGCCAAGUAUGUGUCAUGAUUCAUACAGGAAGCCGUGGAUUAGGUCACCAAAUUGCCGAUGAAAUGAUUAAUCUUUGUUCGCAAUCAUAUUGUCCAUCAACAUUACCUGACAAACAACUCGCCGCACCACCGUAUACAAGUGAUGUAGGUCAAAAGUACCUUGCCUGCAUGUACGCCGCUGCUAAUUUCGCAUGGUGCAACCGCCAGAUCAUUAUGAACGAUGUAAGACGCGCUUUCAGGGAUGUCUUCAGGGAUAAACUCUACGAAACUCAUUUAGUCUACGAUGUCGCUCAUAAUAUCGCGAAAGUUGAAAAACACGUCAUUGACGGCGUCGAAAAGACAUUUGUCGUACACAGAAAAGGAGCUACAAGAGCUUUCGGACCAGGAAGAUCCGAAAUCCCUGACAGAUACAGAGAUGUUGGUCAGCCAAUUCUUAUUGGCGGUUCAAUGGGCACAGCUUCAUAUGUACUUAUCGGAACUGAUGAAUCCAUGAUGCACGCAUGGGGUUCUACAUGUCACGGAGCAGGCAGACAGCUUUCUCGCUCUAAAGCCAUGAGAACAAUCACUCAGGCUUACGUCAGCAAGCAAUUGAAGGACCAUGGCGUUUACUUGAGAGCUGCUGAUAAAGAAAGUAUCAUGGAUGAAGCUCCUGAUGCUUACAAAGACAUCAAACAAGUUGUUGACGCUUGCCAGGUCGUAGGAAUCUCAAAGAAGGUCGCUAGACUUGUUCCAAUGGGUGUCAUUAAGGGAUAA